UCCCAGUCUGCGGGUACGUUGUUGUUGUUGGCGCCUGUUUCCAAACGACGUUGGUUAAAACAGUUCGUCCCUCUUCGGAGAGCAUCCAGACUCAGUUAAGUGGUGGCCGCGAGUGCAAGGAAUAUCCGCGUCCGUUCGAUCCUCUUCAAAUAACCAAGAGUGAAAGAGAAAGAGAGCGCAAGAGUGAGAAAUAGGGAGAAAAAGGCUAGCCUUUUACAUGGUGGUUAGAAAGAGCAAGGUGAAAUAUAUUAGUUUUGAAAUAAAUUAUAAAAGCAAUCUGCGGACGACCGAUCGCUUCCAGACUUGGAGUGAGUGCAGUACAAGUCCCACCAUCGCGCCCAAUCCCGGCCAGUAGUGGUCAACACAGUGAUAAGAUUGCUUGCGCUUGAUUUGCAUACCGGCGCGGAAGUUUACUUAAGCAAGCUAUCUAUUUGUCUAGGAGUGAAAUACAGUGCCUGCAUUGCUUAUGUACUAACGUAGGUACGUGUCAACCGGAGGCGAUUUAGUUUUUCGGGUGGUGAAAAGUGAAGUGAAAUUACAAGUGAUUGACAAGUGAGUGAGUUAAGUGCGGCUGUUGUAGUGGUAAAGCCGUCAGCUAAUUUUGCUGCCGUUGCUGCUUUCGCGAAACUUUUUCUAGCGCAGAAAUUGCACUGUUGUGGUCGUGGAGACAGAAAAUGGUUCGAAUCGAAAUUCGCCAAGUACCCGGUUGUCAGUAGCUAACGACCAGAGCGCGUGUUCCCCGAACAUUCCUGCCCCCCGGUCGAAAAGCGAGAAAACCGCAAACAUUUAUUGAGCUGCAACGCGGUGCUGAAAAAUAAAAAUUACUUCUACUCGAUGCAUAAUUUAAGAGCCGUGAUUUUGCGGACAGUAAGCGAAAGAAAUAGUUGGAUAAGUGUGUGAUUUUGGCAUAUUUUUCUUUGCACCAAUUGCGAUUUUUUUUGUGCAUUUCGGUACGGCUCUCGCUUUGCUCAUCCUCGCUCACUUGUCAAAAUUCGCUAGAAACCCCGCGAACCGGCGGCGCCUCCCACAACGGUGUUUCGGUUUUGCCCCCUGAAAGUAACAUCAGCUGAAGAGAGAUUACGAAAAUUUAAUCUAUCCAACAAAAUAUUACAUCAAAGCUGCUGCUGGAGAGCAGAAGAAAACCUACGGCAAAAUAAAAGCAAAACAACACAAUCCGUGAUAUACAAUUGCAGCGUUUGAAGCGCGCUGAGCGCAGCAAAAGUUUGUAGUUGGCAUCCGAGGCAAAAGGAGCUGUCGACGAUCGGCGCUGAUCUGCCUCUCGGGGCCCGGGGCCAAGAAGACGGCGGCGGACUUACCACGCGGAAAGCGUAGAGCGUAGAAGCCACACUUCACUUCGAUUCCUUCGACGUCGACCGAACCUUGGAACGGCGCAACAAUUCGCUAGCGAUGAAGAGCUUCAUCGAGCGCCGGCAGCGGCUACCGGCGGCGCCGGGAAUAACAUCACUAUCAAAGAGCUACUACUACUCCUCCUCCUUCUCCUCCUCGCCAGUCUCGUCAUCGGCAGCAUUCCCUGCCUUGCUCACACUGAUGCUCCUCUGCACAUCGAUGUCAGUAGUACAAACAGGACCGGUGACCAGACAUCGUCGGAUGAUGCGAGAGAUCUACAGCGAAGUUCCGGACUCGAGUGCCCAGAAUGUUACCAAUUUCAUCGAUACAUGUCUGUACGAUGGAACGCAGAUUUCUCGGGUGAGCAUCGUGUGCGACAAAAAACCAGGAUGCCGAGCAAUUCAGAAGACUGGGGAGUGCUGCCCAGACUAUCAGUGUGAAUGUCAGCGGAACGGAAAAACCUACGCUAACGGAGAAAAGGUGUUCGAUCCUGAGACGCCAUGUCGUGCCUGUUACUGUCAAGGUGGUGAAAUCACCUGCAGCCAGGUGUCAUGCUACAAGCGUCACGAUUGUGAACCAAAAUUCAUCGCAGGUCGUUGCUGCCCCGAGUACGAUAACUGUCCUCCUCUAGAAAGUUCCAAAAUCACGGAAGCCAGCUCUACGAAGGAAGAGUUCAUCGAAGUAAAGGAAACCGAAAUCGAAGCGGAAGAACUGUUGGAACAGAAUCAACCGAAUGGAACCUCCUCGACAUCCGGUUCGGUUCCGACCCCCACAGUUGCUGUCGGUGAAAAUACAACACCCAAACAGCCGAUGCCACCGGCCAACAACAAUCCUUUGGGUAUUAAAAUUAAGGAAAUCACCAAACCGGAAGAGAUUCGUUUGACCGAUAAUCGACCGAAAAUGUCCACAACCACGACGGUGGCUCCGGUCAACAACGAGGAUACCGGCCGACCGACGACGGCUUCAUCCGUUUCGUAUGGCGAGGAAGCGAAUAACCUAGAGCACCUGGACAUGAAUGUGACCGAUGACGGAGAGGAGGGAGCGAAGAACGUUCGUCACACGGACGAGGACAUGGUGAUGAAUGGUACCGCCGAGGUAACCGAAUCCGGUGAAAGUUCAACAGCUGGCCUUUCCGAGUUGGAUACCGCAGAAGGUUCGUCGGAUGCGAGCAGUCUAAAACCAACCUCUCCUACGCCUUCCACAACGGUUAGAACCACUGGAAUGACUGAAAAUUUGCCGGAGUCUUCGACAAAGAAAGACAACCCUCUGCCGGCGGUAGUGCAGAUUGGAGACAAACUUGUUAUCGUGGAUCACAAUCAGCCAAAACCGAUUACGGUAAUUCAGGUUGAGGAAGUCGAAGGACUGCAACGUGGCGAGGAUGAUAUUUCCUACGAUCAGGAGAUAUUUACCGACCGGUCGCCGGAUAAUCGGGAAAGUUCGAAGCACAUGAAACUCAAAGGCUCGGAAGAGGAAAUGCUGUCUACGCAGGCGGAUUCCAGUGUUGCUUACGAGACCAUCUACCAUGGCGGAUCGACGGAGAAUCUGAGCUCCGGUGAAGUUUUCGAGACACAGCAUUACACGGAGGGGCCUCCCGAAAGUUCGGAACGAAACGAUACUCAGUUGGAGCAGCUAUCCGCUAGUAGUGAAGAAUUCAUACAAAUGGGAUCAUCUUCGGAAAAAUCUUCUGGACAGGAACAGGAAGAACAUACGACGGUCAAUUCGUUAGCCACUGCAAGUGGCGAGGAGGGUAGUACAACACUGAUGGAUCUACACGUAUCCGCAGUAAGCUCGGAAGCUUCCGGAGAUGAGAUAUAUGAAACACAAUUCUACACCGAAGGACCGGCAAGUUCUGCGGAAGUAAUGGACGCGGCAGCAAGUAUGAUCGUAGACAAUCUCGAACCGACUAAACCGACAAAGGAUCUUCAAGCUGACGACAUGACAACUCACAGCAAGUUAUACAUUGAAGAAGAUGAGCACGAUUUAAUUCAACCUGGCUUCCAACCGAUUCCGGAAGAUUUCAGUCUACCAUUAAGAGACCAGCCUGCUGACGAGAUGGAACAGCAAAAUGCACCCGGCAAAAGUGACCGCAAAGAGGACGUAGAAACUCCAAAAAUUUUAUCAGAAGUGCUGGAAUACCGCAAAAACUCAACUACUUCCACUACAGAAGCCUCCGUUGAAGUUGAUUCGGAGGCAACCCAUUCCCCAUCGUGGCUGAAGGAAGAAACCAAACAGCAACUGAGAACUCCCGGUGAGCCCUAUCUGGUACCGGAAUGGGAACGUACAAACGGCACCGCCACCAGUGAGUCUCAGUUUGUAGAUGAAUCCAGUGGAGCGGGAGAUUUUCAUGUGUUGAAAAUGACCUCCGAAGAAUACGUUGACAAUUCGGAAGGCAGUGGAUCGAGUUCAACGAAAAAAGACGCCGAAGAAACGACGUUGGCCCCGGCUAAACUGCUACAGCAUGACAUCGACGCCUCUGGAAGUGGGUCUUCCGAAUCGGACAGUGUCAAACACAACCCGAAGAACGACGUAGAGAGUCUCAAGUACGAUGAAAGUGACGAUAGUACAGUGGAAGAUGCGCUACCAAAACAGGUCAAGUCAUCCGUUUGAGAGCGAUCUCGCGCGAUUCAGGAUGGUAGAAUAAUUCAAUCAGUUGAGCUAUUUGAUAGGCAGUAGCUAAUCGAAUUUACAGGACAAGUAAUUAGCAGAAUCGCGUACGAAUUCUUGCUUCCAAAGUUGUUGUGAAGGAUUCAAGUAGAUGGUGCCAGUUGAAUGAAGUAACGAAUUUUUUCUCUUCUUACUUUUAGGAGGUAAGAACUAUUUAUUAUUCCUCUUGUUUAGUGGUUCGAAGACGAUAGAAGCAUCUUCAUGUUCAGAAUGGGAUAUGUUUCUGAAAAUUGAGAGAAGAAAAAGAGCAACAAAAAACGCUUUAGAUGGUUUACUUUAGUGCCAUUAUUGCUAACGUCCGUCUAGCGGUUCAGGACGAAAGUGGAUUCAGCGGCGGUGGUUCAUAGAAAACCCAGAGACAAGUGCAAUCACAGAAACAUUUGAACGUGAAAUUGCUUUUCAUUUUUUCGAUACUUGAUAAUUGAAACUUUGAAAAGCGAUGCGCCUUUUCUCUCAAACCUGUUUGUUAGGAUGAUUAGAAUAAUAGUAGCUAGUCAAUAUGGACUCUAGUUAUGACCGGCACUGAGAGACAAGGUUAAAUGGAACAGCAAACAUCCGGAAUAUCAGCACAAAUCUUUGUACAAAUGCUAUCAUAACCUGUCCGCACAAGAAAACCCAAGACAGUUCGAAUUCCUCCAUAUUAUUAAAAUUCUAACAAAAUUUCAUCGAAACCCUACCGGGACACGUCAAAAUAAUGCCGUCAAAAUACGGAAGAAAUCAGAAGAAAAACAUUUAGUUGACUAGGAAAUCCAAUUGAAAGACAUUUACUAGAGGUAAAUGCUGAAGUGAAGACCCAACCAGCUGGCAGUAGUGUCACUGCUAGUUUUUCAGCUUGAAUCUAAAGCAAAUGAAUCGUAGAUUAAGUUUAAGACUGUUAUAGGAAAUAGUUGAAGGUGAAGAUCGCUAUUUAUUGACUAUUUAUAACUCCGCCCUGCUGCCGACGACGACGAUUGGAUUGGUUGAGCAAAUCCUGGUAGCGUGUCUGCCACGUGUUCAUUUCGGAAACCGAAGCGAAAGUUCUGUUUCGCGGUUUCCGGCUCACAGACGCGGAAACAUGGCCACGGGCAGCCAGUGGGAGUUUUUUCGCAUUUGUAUCGCUAUUACUAAACGAUGAUUAUUAUUAUCAUUCCCCCCUAUCGAGAUAAGUGAUGCCCGCUAGUUUGUAGUGCUGUUAGGAAGAAAUUAACUGAAGAAAGAGUCAUACUUGUAAUUGAAUUUAGAGUUAGUAGUCAUUCAUCUUAUUUUUUUUAAAUAGAAUAAAGUUAAAUCUAUUGAAAAUAUUCAAUAUCGUUCCGUCUUGUGCGUGCUUCGUGCGGAGGAAAUAAUCGGAUAAAUAUGU